AGUUGUCAACCUGUCAAAUGUUUCUUAAAAAUUUGUUAGAACUCUGAAAUCUGCAAGUGUGCAAGUGAUCUGCAAUUUCCAAAUUUAUUUCUGAUGAAAUGAAAGACAGAGUAGUAUUCGAUAUUUGCUUAACAAUAAAUAUUCCACUAGUUGUAUUCCAUAUAUGUCAUAAUGUAUGAGUUAUGUCUAUCUGAAUAAGUACACUGGACCAAGAAAUUUACUAUAAACAAAUACUGUUCACUAAUGAGGCGCGCUUUUUGCGUGUUUACUGUGCUUUUACAAGAGCAAAAGCGACCUGUGCCGGGUAUGGCGAAAUUAGUAGGUGAUUUUAAGGAAUGGAAGUUUCAGAGCCCGCCAAACUAUGCGGAGCUACCGAUUGAUGAAAAUCCACAGUAUACUGUUCCUACUGCCGUGAAGAACGCUGUGUUUUCCAAGGUACCAACAGAACCUCUCAAAGGCAAGCUCCAUCUUGUGUGCGCUUCUGAUGAGGCUCUAUCAGAUAUUUUAGACUUGGACCCUAAGGUAUCAGAGACAGAGGAGUUUAUAAAUUUUAUUGCUGGAAUAUAUGCACCUGAAGGGACUUUGAGUGUAUCACAUAGAUAUGGUGGUUACCAAUUUGGCUUUUGGGCUGAUCAGCUAGGAGAUGGAAGAGCCCAUAUUUUGGGUGAAUAUGUAAACAGUAAAGGGGAGUCCUGGCAGCCUCAGCUUAAAGGGUCUGGUGAAACUCCUUACUCGCGCUUCGGCGACGGACGAGCCGUUCUUCGUUCCUCCAUCAGGGAGAUGGUGGCUAGUGAGGCUUGCUACCACCUCGGCAUACCGACCACCAGGGCAGGAGCGUUAGUGGUUUCAGAUGAUCACAAGGUAUGGAGGGACAAGACGUACAGCGGUAUGUCGAGACAGGAGCGCGCUGCGGUCGUGCUGCGCAUCGCGCCAGCGUGGUAUCGGAUUGGUUCCUUCGAAAUAUUGCAAAAACGUAACGAACCUAAAUUGGCGAAAACAUUGGCCGAUUUCAUUAUUAAGCAUCAUUUCCCUCACAUUGAUAUAAACGAUGAGAACAGAUACGUCGAAUUUUACUCUGAAGUAGCUCACAGAAACUUGGACAUGGUCGCUACAUGGCAAGGUAUUGGCUUCGUCCACGGGGUGCUAAACACAGAUAACAUAAGCCUAUUAGGUCUGACUAUAGACUAUGGGCCAUAUGGUUUCAUAGACCAUUAUUACGAGCACUACGUCCCCAACUCAUCGGAUGACAUGGGGAGAUACGCGUUUAACAAACAGCCAGAGAUAAUACUCUGGAAUCUGGAGAAGUUCGCCGUAGCGUUGGAGCCGAUAUUGACUGAAGAUAACAAAGAAAAGAUGAAGGUGCUUUUCAAAACUCUUGAUGGAUACGUCAAGGAUAAAAUUUUAAAAACCUACCUUUCGAAAUUCGGUUUAGAAACAAUUCAAGAUGGCGACGUGUCGCUUGUGAAAGAGUUCCUGCAAUUAAUGCAGGAGACGAGCGCCGACUUUACUUGCACCUUCCGACAAUUAGCCGAGGUAAAUAAAGAACAGUUACUUGAUAAGGACAUUUUAAAUAAGAAGUGGUCGUUAGCUAAAAUAAGCAAAGCUGGAGGGUGGGAGAAAUGGGUGGGGAUAUAUAAAGCAAGAUUGCGUACAGAAAACGUUAAUGACGAAGAACGCCGAGCGAGAAUGUUGAAAGUGAAUCCUCUCUACGUACCCAGGAACUGGAUCCUGCAGGAGGCAAUCGCUGAUGCUGAGAAAAAUGAUUUUCACAAGGUAAGACUGCUGUUGAAAAUAUUCAGAAAACCGUAUGAAAUAAACGAAGAGGCUGAGGAGUUAGGAUAUUCAGCCCAACCACCGAGCUGGUCUUUUGGUUUGAAACUAAGCUGCUCCAGUUGAAGAAAUAAAUUUUAUAAAAGGCUCUUGUUAAUAAUUUAUAAUAUUUAUGUAACAACUCAUAAUACAAUAAGAUUGUAGGUAUGAAUGUGAAAUUAUGAUUUCAAAGCCAGAGGAAGAUCAAGAAAAAUGUUUUCUGAGGAAUAUAUUAUGUAACCGUAACCGUAACAGCCUGUUAAUGUCCCACUGCUGAGCUAAAGGCCUCCUCUCUCUCUUUUUUUUGAGGAGAAGGUUUGGAGCUUAUUCUACCACGCUGCUCCCAUGCGGGUUGGUAGAAUACACAUGUGGCAGAAUUUCAGAGAAAUUAGACACAUGCAGGUUUCCUCACGGUGUUUUCCUUCACCGCAAAGCGCGAGAUGAAUUAUAAUCACAAAUUAUAUAAGGAGAAACUGAAUACAUAAGAUACACAAGAAAAAUAUAAUAAGUCAAACUUAUUACAAUUUGAUGCUUUCCUUUUUGUUUUGCGUUUCAUUUAAAGGACAAUCAUUUUACAAAUUUGCUUCUUCUUCAUGACUAAAUCUGAUUCUUAAUGUAUAUGUAAGUAAACAACUCAUCAACAAUCGCUUGACUUACUUUAAGUUUGUUUUAAAAGGGAAUUAUCUUUACAAAUAGUUAAACUGUAAAUUAAAUCGUUUUAUAAAUAAAUUUUGUUUUCAGA